AUGACGACUCUCAGCCUACACCUCCUGGUCCUGGCCGCCACAGUCAUCGCUGCUCAGGCUGCAGUGAACUGGAGCGACGUCAAGCCCAUGCGAAACAAUGUUUCAGUGCCCGUCAAACCCCUCAAGGUUGGUGAACGCAUCACCAACGGCGAAGUAGCAACUCUCGGCCAGUUCCCGUACCAGGUUGGUCUCAUCAUCACCGUGGCGCAAGGACAGGCUUUCUGCGGUGGCUCCCUCAUCAGUGACACCUGGGUCCUCACUGCGGGUCACUGCGCCGAACCGGGCACGGUGUUCGAGGUUCACCUGGGCGCUUACUACAUACGCGAGGACGAGGCGCAGCAGGUGGUGGUGACUAGCACGGAAAAGAUCGUGCACGAACUCUACAUCUUGACAUUCAACGACAUCGCCCUCGUGCAGCUUCCCAGCGCAGUCACCUUCAACGAAUACGUCCAGCCUGUGAACCUGCCCAGUAGCAGCGAGCUGAACAACAAGUUCGUCGGAGCUGAGACGACCGUCAGUGGAUGGGGACUGGAGAGCGACUCAUCUGAACAGAUCAGCGAGGUGCUGCGUUACGCCGUGGCACCUGUCAUCAGCCACCUGACCUGCAACCUGCGCUACUUCUUUCUGAUCGACGACGACAUGCACAUCUGCACGUCCGGAGACAACGGCGUCAGCACUUGCAACGGCGACAGUGGCGGCCCAUUGGUGAUCUACGAGGCUGAUGGUUCACCAACGCAGAUUGGAAUUGUGUCUUUCGGUAUCAGCCUGGGCUGCGAGAUCGGCUGGCCACCAGUCUUCACCCGUGUCACCAACUACAUGGAGUGGAUCAGCCAGAACACUGGCAUUGCCAUUGCACCAUAGACAUGCCUUGCUCAUG